AGAAGCCCAUACGAUGGCUUACUCAACAGCAGGUCCACAACUGUCGAGGAUUGAUGUCAACAAGCUGAAGAAUGGUCAAGAACAUCAGACUCAAGGCAUCAGGAGCAAAGAGCUCACUCUCCGCAGAGGUCAACCAUUCAACAUCAAGGUGUUGUUCUACUAUAACGGGAAAGAGGAAAAGCUUGACAGCCUAAAGCUUAGAGCGGAAACAGGCUCAUACCCAUCUCUCCAAUCUGGGACCCUUAUUCAGUUCCCAGUGACAAAAAUAAAUAGCAAUAAAACUUGGAGUGCGGAGCUGGAAAGUGAAGGUGUGAAUUCUCUGUCCAUCAACAUUUGUUCUUCAGCAACAGCCUGUGUUGGUCGAUACCGCCUAUACCUGGAAGGAACUUAUUGGAAAACCCCCACAUCCUACUACUUGGGGGACUUAAUUCUACUUUUUAAUCCUUGGUGUCCAGAUGAUGAUGUGUUUCUGGACAAUGAAGCCUUAAGACAAGAAUAUGUGAUAAAUGAACAUGGCAUGUUGUAUCAGGGAACUAAAGAUUUUAUUGUCUCUACCCCGUGGAACUUUGGACAGUUUGAAGAUGGAGUUGGGGAGAUCUGUUUAAGAAUACUGGACAUGAGCCCAAAUUUUCUAAAAGAUCCAGCAAAGGAUUGUUCUAAGAGAGGGGACCCUGUGUACAUAAGUAGAGUCAUCUCUGCCAUGAUCAAUUCUAAUGAUGACCGUGGAGUGUUGGAAUCCUGCUGGGAUGAGUUAUUCAGAAAUGGUGUCAAUCCAAGCUCAUGGAGUGGAAGUGUUAAUAUCUUAAGGCUCUGGGACCGCAGUGGUUGCAGGCCAGUUCGAUACGGACAGUGCUGGGUUCUGGCUGGAGUCAUGUGCACAGUAAUGAGGUUCCUGGGAAUUCCUACUCGCAUAGUAACAAACUUUGAAUCUGCCCAUGAUACCAACUUCACACUGACCGUGGACGAGUUUUAUGAUGAAAAUGGGAAGAAGCUAGAUCCUGCUCAGGGAGACAGUGUCUGGAACUUUCAUGUAUGGAAUGAAUGUUGGAUGGCUAGGAAAGACCUUCGUCCAGGAUAUGAUGGCUGGCAGGUACUGGAUGCCACCCCUCAGGAGAUCAGUGGAGGUACUUACUGCUGUGGCCCAGCACCUGUUAAAGCAAUCAAAGAAGGAGAUAUGGACGUGGAUUAUGAUAUCCCCUUUGUGUUUGCGGAAGUAAAUGGAGACAUUGUCCACUGGGUUCUCCGAGAUGGGGGAGCUGAAAAGGCACAGAUCGACACUUAUUCCAUUGGCAAGUACAUCAGCACAAAGGGUGUUGGCAGCAAUACCAGAGAAGAUAUAACAAGUGAAUACAAAUACACAGAGGGCUCAUCCCAGGAAAGGGCUGUAUUUGAAAAAGCUGUAGCUAAUAUCAAGACAAAGAAGCCAUUCAGGGAGAGAGAUUCUUUUGUAGCAUUAGACUUUGAUGUGUCCAUAAAGCUAGCUGAGUCCCCCCUGAUUGGACAGACGGUUUUACUUAUCUUCCGCAUUCAUAACAGAAGCUAUGAGGCCAAGAGAUUCGCAAUAAGUAUUAGCGCCCAGGAGAUGGUGUACAAUGGGAAGGCCCUAGAUGAGUUCUGGGGUGAACAAUUUGAACUGGAUGUGAAUGCUAACAGAGAUUUCGAGAAAGGUUUCCAGCUUCACCCUUUUCAUUAUGAGAGAUAUGUACGGUCUGGGAAUAAUUUUAGAGUCACUGCUCUAGCUACAGAUCUGGAGAGCAAGAAACUCAAAUUGGCGUCCAAGAACAUUAUAUUUGAAGUUCCUAGUGUUGAUAUCAAGAUGUAUGGGACUCCACAACUCAACCAGUCACUGAAUGUAAUCCUGUCCUUCUCCAACCCUUUCAAUGAAGUUCUAAGCAACUGUGUUAUGACCGCAGAGGGGGCAGGGCUAUUUCCAGGUGGCCCUAUAACAGUACACAUGGACCAGAUUUUCCCGAGGCGGGUCGGCUUUGUAAGAAUCUAUUGUGUUCCAUUCAAAAGAGGAAACCUUCAACUUGAAGCCAGCUUCUCCUGCAAUAAGAUCAGAUAUGUGAAAGGAAGCGAAAUGGUCAAUGUACCCUGGAUGUAACUGGUCACUUUUGACUACCUGA